AUGGGUAUUAGCUUGAUAUCGAUCAUCCGACGAUCUCUCGUGAUGUCUAAGCAAUCGAGUAUGGCUACAACGAAUGUCCCGAAGGGCCACUUUGCUGUUUAUGUAGGAGAGGAGCAGAAAAAGAGGCUUGUGGUACCAAUAUCAUACUUGAACCACCAGUGGUUCAAAGACUUGCUAAGUUGCAGUGAAGAAAAGUUUGGGUUCACUCAUCCAAUGGGUGGCAUCACAAUUCCAUGCACUGAAGAGGCCUUCAUUGGUCUCAGUUCUUGUUUGCAUUCCUUCUAA